AUGCCUCCUCAGCUCCAGUCUUCAAAGCAGGCCGGCCCUCGGGUGCUACAAGGCGAACUGAACAGCCUUAGUCCAGCCAUCAGGGACUUUGUGGAGGCCAAUGUCGCGCUCUGUCAGCCGGACGCCCUUCACAUCUGUGACGGCUCGGAGGAGGAGAACCGGACACUCCUGGCUCAGUUGGAGGAGCAGGGCUUGAUUAAGAAAUUGCCCAAGUACAACAACUGUUGGCUGGCCAGGACAGACCCUCAGGACGUGGCCCGGGUAGAGAGCCGGACAGUGAUCGUGACCCGCGACCGCCGCGACACAAUACCCACCCCUCUGGACGGCAGCGUCAGCCAGUUGGGCCGCUGGAUGUCACCCGAGGAAUUGGACAAAGCAGUCUCUCAGCGCUUCCCGGGGUGCAUGAAGGGUCGCACCAUGUACGUGAUUCCAUUCAGCAUGGGACCGGUGGGAUCGCCGCUCUCCAAAGUCGGUGUGGAGCUGACAGACUCUGCCUACGUGGUGGUCAGCAUGAGGGUGAUGACCCGAAUGGGGAAGGCAGUUUUGGCCUCCCAUGGUACCGGUGACUUCGUACGCUGUCUGCACUCCGUCGGCUGCCCGCUGCCACUUAAAAAACCUCUGGUGAACAAUUGGCCCUGUAACCCUGAGCAGACCCUGAUUGCCCACGUCCCAGAAAACCGGCAAAUCAUAUCUUUCGGUAGUGGUUAUGGCGGUAACUCCCUGCUCGGCAAGAAAUGCUUUGCCUUGCGCAUCGCUUCACGUCUCGCUAAGGAAGAAGGCUGGCUAGCAGAGCACAUGCUGAUCUUGGGCGUCACGAACCCCACAGGCCAGAAGAAGUACAUGGUGGCGGCCUUUCCCAGCGCUUGUGGGAAGACCAACCUCGCCAUGCUGUGUCCUACACUUCCUGGCUGGAAGGUGGAGUGCGUAGGAGACGACAUCGCCUGGAUGAAGUUUGACCAAGAAGGUCACCUGCGAGCCAUCAACCCAGAGAACGGCUUCUUUGGAGUCGCACCCGGCACAUCCGCCAAGACCAACCCCAAUGCCAUGGCCACCAUCGCCGAGAACACCCUCUUUACCAACGUGGCAGAGACCAGCGACGGCGGUGUGCACUGGGAGGGCAUGGACGAGAUUCUGCCUGAGGAUGUCACCAUUACUUCAUGGAAGAACCAACCUUGGAGCCAGAAAGAUGGAGAACCUUGCGCACACCCCAACUCCCGUUUCUGCACUCCGGCAAAUCAGUGUCCCAUCAUUGAUCCUCUGUGGGAAUCCCCUGAGGGGGUCCCUAUUGAGGCCAUCAUCUUCGGGGGGCGUCGACCUGAAGGCGUCCCGCUGGUUUACGAGGCGUUCAGCUGGCAGCAUGGCGUCUUUGUAGGAGCAGCCAUGCGUUCGGAGGCCACCGCCGCAGCAGAACACAAAGGCAAGGAGAUCAUGCACGACCCCUUCGCCAUGCGGCCCUUCUUCGGCUACAACUUUGGACAGUACCUGUCGCACUGGCUGAGCAUGGCAGAGUGUUCCGGUGCCAUGUUGCCGAAGAUCUUCCACGUCAACUGGUUUCGCAAGAGCCCCUCGUCCGGGUUCCUGUGGCCCGGUUUCGGCGAAAAUAUCCGCGUACUUGAUUGGAUGUUCCGGCGGCUGAACGGGCAGGCCGGAGCCAUGCCCUCCGCUAUAGGCUACCUGCCGCGUCUAGAGUCCUUCAACCUGGAGGGCCUGAGGGAGCCCGUGGACCUGGAACAGCUCUUCGCUCUGGACCGGGACUUCUGGCAGAAAGAGGUGGAAGACGUCGGGAAGUAUUUCGCCACGCAGGUGAAUGAGGACCUUCCGGAAGAGGUGGCAAGGCAGCUGGAGCUUCUUAAGCACAGGGUCAACCAGAUAUAG